GGGAGGGAAGGGGGUAUAAUGAGUGGAGCUGGGGGCAGAUGGAAGGGGCCUGUUGGUGGGAGGGCAGUUUCUGAGAGUGUAAAUAAAAGACACAAUGUUCCUCCCCAGUUUCACUUCCUUGUUCAGUUUCACUCAUGUGCUGCUGUCUCAGAACCACUCAGUCUGGGCUCAGUUUCUGGAGUAAGUUCUGCACCACAGUGUCGGGGACUAAAUCUCCAGGCAGACACCCCUUCAUAUAAAAUGAAGCUUUGGGUGCCCCUCGUUCUGUUGGUUUGUGGCGCCACCAAGUGUGAGGAGCCGGGAAUUAAAGGGAGACUUACCCUUAAGGGACUGCAUUAUGGUUGGCAAGUGGUGUUAGAGGAGGUGCAGAGGAGACUUUCAUCCCUUCAGAUCCCUGAUGUCUCCGGCUCAGUCUCUGUCCCAGUCCUGGGGGCCAUUUACUACUCUGUCAGUAGUUUGCAGAUUCAGGAGUUGGACCUGUCCCAUUCCGAUGCCUCCUUCUCCUCGGACACUGGGCUCAAGGUGUCAGUGAGCGACGGUCGGACCCGGGUCACCGGAUACAUAGAAAUCAGAACAGUUCUCUUUGGUACUUCAUCUUCGCUGGAGGUCUCAGUUGAUGGUUUGUCCCUUUCUGCUGUUCUUGGACUCACGCGAGAUGACGCCGGGCGCGGUGCGUUGUGGAAUGCCGGAUGCAGCUCCAGUGUUGGCCAAGUGGACCUUAAUUUCCACGGUGGAUCUGGGUGGAUUCUCAGCAUGUUCAAGGGUUCAAUGCUUGGCCCCAUUCAUGAUGCCUUCAGCCAACAGUUGUGCCCCCAGUUUGAUAGGUCUGUUGUGCAGAUGGAGACGCUACUGAGCAGCCUGCCAGUUACAGAACCAGUGGAUUCGGUGGCUGCUCUGGAGCUGUCUCUGGUUUCUCCUCCACUCAUUACUGAGCAAAACGUGGACCUUCUCGUGAGGGGGCAAUUUGUUGGUCUCUCCCAGCGCUGGGACGUUCCUUACUCCCCGGUAGAGAUGGACCUCCCAGAUGCCGAGUCCAGAAUGCUGGUUCUUGCCGUGUCCCAGUUCUCCGCUAACUCCGCCUCCUACGUGCACUACAAAUCGGGGGCUCUCAGGGCCAAUAUCACCGAUGACAUGAUCCCCAAGGAAUCUCCACUUCGGUUAAAUACGAAAAGCUUUGCAGCCUUUGCCCCUGAGCUCCCCAACCGGUUCCCGGGGUCCCCCCCUCUCCUCCUGCAACUUUCUGCUCCAUCUCCCCCCGAAGUGACCUGCCAGACAGACCUACUGACCCUCGGAGCCUCGCUGGAUAUACAGCUGUCUGCUUUGUACCCCGAGAGCCCACCUGCCCCGGCCUUUCAGCUCCAGGCAAGAAGUUACAGAAAGUAUUUCCCAUUCCAACACCACUUGUUCGGCUCCAGAGCCCGACUGUCAGAGUGUUCCAGGGGUUCCUGCUGGUGGUCUCUGACCUGGAGAUAGACCCCUGGACUCAGUACCAGAAGGUCUCGGAUGUUGCCUGGGAGAUUCCAAAGACCCACAAACCCUCUCCAUUUCUCUGAUUGGUCAGCAGCUCAUCAGAAGUCUGUGUCGUGUUCAUCUAUUGGUUUAUGUACUGGGUACUGGUACCGGCCCAGAAGCUUCAUCAGUUCUACCGCGUUCAUUUUGUGUUCAUAGUCUGAUCUGCAAUGAAAUGGGGUAAUUGGCUCCCUACAAUGGGGGCACCCCCAUAUCCCAGUGCAGAUAAAAUACAGUACCUACGGGCAGACUGACAUUCAAUACUUACUGUAGGUUUGUGGGGGUACAAACAGUCAUGAUAUUAAGGUCUGUCGCGUGUAAUUGGUCUCUGGUCACUAAAGCGAAACCCCCACUUACCCACAGUGAUCAGAAUAACCACUCACAGCAUCAUUAGCCUUGGAAAAUAGGGGGGGGGGGUCAUGUUUAUUCAAAUGUUACUAUGAAUUAACCAAAUAAAAAUGUGGGUCCCGAAAUCAUUCCCAUCUAAGGGGAAA